AUGGACUGCCUCACGCGCGACCCCUCGAAGAUCACCGCUCCGAUCGCGACGUUGGAGGAUAAAUACGAGCUCCUGCCGGCGUUUCUCAAGGUGAGAGGGCUGGUCAGGCAGCACAUCGACUCGUUCAACUACCUGGUGAACGAGGAGAUCAAAAAAAUCAUUCACGCCAAGGCGAACGAGCGAGUGACGUGCGAUAGUGAUCCAAACUUUUACCUGAAGUACACGAAUAUACACGUUGGACGACCGAGCGUGGAGGAAGAUUACGUGGUGGAGGAAAUAACGCCGCAGCAGUGUCGAUUGCGAGACAUGACGUACGCGGCGCCGAUUACGGUGGAUGUGGAGUACACGCGUGGGAAGGAGAUCGUGACGCGUCAGGCGAAGAAUGGUGUGGGUGGCGUCGUUAUUGGACGGAUUCCUUUGAUGCUGCGAAGCUCGCGGUGUGUGUUGACCGGAAAAAAUGAGGACGAAUUGGCGAGGUUGGGGGAGUGUCCGUUGGAUCCGGGUGGAUACUUCAUCGUCAAGGGCGUGGAGAAAGUGAUUUUGAUUCAAGAGCAGUUGAGCAAGAAUAGAAUUAUCAUAGAAGUCGACGCCAAAGGAGAGAUUGGGGCAUCGGUGACUUCGUCGACGCACGAACGGAAGAGUAAGACAAACAUCGUAGUCAAGCACGGAAAGUUCUACCUUCGACACAACACGUUUGCGGACGACAUUCCAAUCAUGAUCGUUCUCAAGGCAAUGGGGUUGGAGAGCGAUCAAGAAGCGGUGCAAAUGAUCGGAUCGGAACCAGCGUACGCGAUGCUUUUGGGGCCGACUUUACAGGAGUGUCAAGCAGCUGGAGUUUUCACUACGCAGCAGGCGCUAGAGUAUUGCGCGAACAAGGUGCGCGUGGUGAAGACGCACAUGACGAAUAGACCGGGUGUGCGAAACUUCGGUAGAUCGCGCGUAGAUGAAGCGCGCGACAUUCUUGCCGGCGUCGUACUCGCACACGUGCCCGUGACGUCGUAUGACUUUAGGCAAAAGUGCGCUUACAUUUCCAUCAUGGUUCGCAGAAUUCUGAACGCGAUGCUCGACCCGACGCAGAUCGAUGACAAGGACUACUAUGGUAACAAGCGUCUUGAACUCGCCGGUCAGCUCAUUGCCCUAUUGUUUGAAGAUUGCUUCAAACGUUUGAACGCUGAUUUGAAGCGACAAGCCGACGCCGUGCUUUCCAAAGCAAAUCGUGCGACGCAGUUUGACAUCUUAAAGUGCAUUCGUCAAGACACCCUGAGUAACGGCCUGGAACACGCAAUUUCGAGCGGUAACUGGACGGUAAAGCGUUUUAGAAUGGAACGAAAAGGCGUGACUCAAGUGCUGAGUCGACUGAGUUUCAUCAGCGCGCUCGGUAUGAUGACGCGCAUAACGUCUCAGUUUGAAAAGACCAGAAAGGUUUCCGGUCCGCGGGCGUUACAACCGAGUCAAUGGGGGAUGCUCUGCCCGAGUGACACUCCCGAAGGAGAGUCAUGCGGGCUCGUAAAAAACUUGGCGCUGAUGACGCACGUCACGACGGAUGACGAGGAGGAGCCGCUUCGCCGUUUAGCACACGCGCUCGGUGUAGAACCGCUUACGUGGUUAAACGCCGGUGAGAUGCAUUCGCCGUCUGGUGCGCACGUUUUGAUGAACGGUUCCCUGCUCGGCGUGCACGCGCAACCCGAAGCGUUCUCGCACGCGUUUAGAAAGCUGCGACGGGCGGGGCGAAUUGGUGAGUUCGUUUCUGUGUACACUGCGGAUGGAUGCGUGUACAUUUCUUCAGACGGUGGACGAGUGUGUCGACCACUCAUCAUCAUCGAGCGUGGUGAGCCUUUACUGACUCAAGAACAUCUCGACGAGCUGAAAGAUGGUCAUCGUACGUUCAAUGAUUUCCUACGCGAAGGAUUAGUCGAGUACCUGGACGUGAAUGAAGAGAACAAUUCGUACAUUGCGUUGUACGAAGACGAGGUGAACGACGAGACGACGCACUUGGAGAUUGAACCUUUCACUUUGCUUGGCGUUUGUGCUGGCAUCAUCCCGUAUCCUCAUCACAAUCAGUCACCGCGAAAUACAUAUCAAUGCGCCAUGGGUAAGCAAGCGAUGGGUAAUAUUGCGUUCAAUCAAUUAAACCGAAUGGACACGUUGAUGUACUUGCUCGUAUACCCGCAAAAGCCAAUCGUCAAGACAAAGACCAUAGAGUUAAUAGGCUAUGAUCGUCUCGGUGCGGGUCAAAAUGCGACAAUUGCCGUGAUGUCGUAUAGUGGGUACGACAUCGAAGACGCCAUCGUGAUGAAUCGCGCGUCUCUUGACCGAGGUUUUGGCCGGUGCACGGUGUUGCGCAAAUACUCUGCGCAGGUGAAAAAGUAUAGCAAUAGAACCAUGGACCGAAUCGUCGGGCCCAAAGAUGAUCAUCGCGCGAACCAAAAUAGUCGACAUCACUUAUUAGAUGAUGAUGGCAUCGCCGCCGUCGGUGGUCGCAUCAAGCCUGGUGACAUUUAUGUCAACAAGCAAACGCCGGUGAACACUCGGGAUCCGAUGGCGAAUCCGCACGCGAUGCCAGACACCAUGUAUCGCUCGAAUCCGCUUUCAUACAAAGGUCCCGCAGGUGAAUCGGCGAUUGUUGAUAAAGUCUUACUCACAAUGACGGAUGAAGGGCAAUUCAAUAUCAAGACGCUCGUGCGUCAGACGCGUCGACCAGAAGUUGGUGAUAAGUUUUCUUCUCGUCAUGGCCAGAAAGGCGUUUGCGGCAUCAUCCUCGAUCAGGAAGAUUUCCCGUUCAGCGAACGUGGGAUUACUCCUGACCUCAUCAUGAACCCGCACGGGUUCCCGUCACGUAUGACGGUCGGAAAGAUGAUCGAACUUCUCGGCGGUAAGGCUGGACUCGAGAGCGGCCGCUUCCACGACGGAACCGCGUUUGGUGGAGACACGGUUGAAGCCAUUCAACAAACCUUGGUUGAAUCCGGGUACUCUUACAAAGGCAAGGACAUGCUUCACUGUGGAAUCACCGGCGAAGCGCUUGAAGUCAACGUUUUCAUGGGUCCAGUGUACUAUCAAAAGCUCAAACACAUGGUUCAGGACAAGAUGCACGCUCGCGCGCGCGGUCCUCGCGUCGUCCUCACACGCCAACCCACCGAAGGUCGAGCCCGCGACGGUGGUUUGCGCCUCGGCGAGAUGGAACGCGAUUGCCUCAUCGGUUAUGGCGCAUCACAACUUAUUUUGGAGCGUUUGAUGAUCUCUUCCGAUCAAUUCGAAGCGCAAGUCUGCACCAAGUGCGGCUUGCUCGGAUUCCAGCACCACAUCACCCGCAGGAACGCGUGCACGCUGUGCAAAACUGAGGCCGAAGUCGCGACGUUAAAGCUCCCGUACGCGUGCAAGCUCUUAUUCCAAGAGUUGCAAUCCAUGAACAUAGCACCUCGGUUAUCUUUGACCGAGGCUUAG